AUGCGGUUGCUCUUUGGCAACCGACGCUGCGCCUCCAUGUCCCCUGCGAACGGACGCAUCUCUCCGUUCGCGUCCCUUGAGACAACCGACGGAAGGGCCGCAUCUGAGGAGUCCACCAGCUUCAGUUCAUCCUCUCCAACGGAGUCCACCGGAUCGGAUGCUGAAGAUCCUAAAGAGUUCAAAGACAACUUCAGACGAAUUAAGGCUCGUUAUGCUGCUACUGCUAAUCGACCCAACGAUGCUGCACAAGUUCGAAGAGAAUCUAAAGAUUGUUGCAACCUCACAGUGGAGACUGAGUUCUGCGACAUUGACGAUGGCAUUUCCCGGAGUUGCAAAGCUCGAAAAGUGGCUCUGCUAGCUUCACGGUUUAGGAUGUCCCGUGUUCUGUUCAAUCGCAUAGUUGAUAAUAUACUUGAACAUGAUUAUGAUGGUUAUUUUACGCAAAAAAGAAGUGCUUGUGGACUUCUUGGUUUGCAUCCAUUGCAAAAGAUGACCGCGGCAAUGCGGAUGCUAACUUAUGGAAUAGCAGCUGAUGGUGCCGAUGAGUACAUCCGUUCCGCGGAAGCUACAAAUUUAGAAGCUUGCAAGAAGUUUGUGAUCAAAGUUUGUGAAAUCUUUGGGGAUAAGUACCUGAGAUCUCCAAAUGAAGAAGAUACUGCAAGAUUACUUGCAUUAGGGGAGGAAAGAGGAUUUCCUGCUGAAGGUGAAGCUCCAGAAGUGAACUAUACUGUCAAUGGUCAUCAGUAUACAAUGGGGUAUUACCUUGCAGAUGGCAUAUAUCCAAAAUGGGCAACAUUUGUGAAGACCAUACCAUCUCCCCCAACCAGAAAGAAGAAACAUUUUUCUCAAAGGCAAGAGGCGGCUAGAAAGGAUGUGGAACGAGCCUUUGGAGUUCUGCAAUCUCGUUUUGCCAUUGUUCGAGGACCUGCGAAAGGAUGGAAACGUAAAGAAAUUGGUGAUGUCAUGAAAGCUUGUGUCAUAAUGCAUAAUAUGAUAGUUGAAGAGGAGCGACACACUGAUUAG